AUGGCGACUACGAAUGGUUCUGUGCAAACCAAUGAUAUAGUCACUCUCCCCGUCAUCAACAUCUCGUAUCCUACGCCAGAGAUAGGACGAACAAUGAUCGAUGCUGCUGCCACGCACGGCUUCUUGUACAUUGAUACCAGAGGAACGGACUUCGCGCCUGAGAAUGUGGAGCGCCAAUUUGAAUUGUCGAAACAGUUCUUCUCGUCCCCUGAAGAGGAGAAAGCUGCAUGUCAGAUCGGUUCAGAUAACAGAGGCUGGACGGGCAUGCACUCGGAGACACUUGAUCCAGCAAACCAAAAGCGUGGCGACUUCAAGGAAGCCUUCAACAUUGGUGAAUUCAUUGACAACCAACCGCAACAACCGAUUCCCAAGUCGCUCCAGGGCCAUGAGGAUGAGCUCUUGGACUUCGAAACCCGCUGCCGGAAGACUUGUCAUCGAAUCUUGAAAUUGCUGGCUCUAGGUCUUGAAAUACCAGAUCCAGACUGGUUCUCGUCCCGACACAAGACGCCAUCAGGCUGCACGUUACGCCUCCUUCAUUACCCGGCACUGCCACUGGAUACUGAUUAUCAGCCUGAAGUCGAUAUUAGGGCAGGCGCACACAGCGAUUAUGGGUCUAUAACCCUCCUCUUUCAGCGGCCUUCCCAGCCCGGUCUAGAAAUCCUCACCUCUAGCACGACAACGUCAGAAACCUUAAACUCGACCUCAGCCUCAGAAAACCCCCGAACCCAACAAAACAAGCAACAGAAAUGGUCGCCCGUCCCCGUCAUCCCUUCAAACUACACUCCCGAAACCUCAGACGACCAAACACCCCUCCCACCCAUCCUCCUCAACAUCGGUGACCUCCUCUCGUACUGGACAAACAACCUCCUGAAAAGCACGGUCCAUCGAGUCAUCUUUCCCCACGACCAACACCGAAAUACAGCUUCGGGUGUAGGUGUACUGGGCGAGGAUAGGUACAGUAUAGCGUAUUUCUGCCAUCCGACCGAUAGCACGCUGUUGGAGGCUGUGCCAUCGAGACUUGUUCCGGACAUCACGCAUCAUCCUUCCACCACAGCGGCCGGGGAUGGAGGCUUCGAGGUCGGGUAUGGAGGUGGUGCAGGUGGUGCGAAGGUUCUGACCGCGAAAGAACAUCUGAUCAGGCGGCUGCAGGCGACGUAUGGGUUUGAACAUAAGUAA